AUGGCGUCUCCAGCUUCUACUGCGGUCGCUGCAGGCCCAAAUGAUGCUCCUCGGCCAGUAGCUCGCAGAAGACCUGUAAACGACAACCCUCUGGUGCAGCGCCAGAAGCGUCCACGGCCAGCUCCCGGUAUCCGUCCCUCUGCUGCUGCAAUAGCAGGCGGAGCAACUGCUAUCGCUCCUCGUCACGCAUCGACCUCGACGCCGACACCUCCAACCGCCCCAGCUGUUGUUGCUCCUGCUGCGUCUGCGUCUACCGCCACUACAGCUGCUGCCCCCGUCAAGCAAGAAGAAGAGAUCCAAUGGCAGGAAUACAAGCUCACAACCACAAAGGCCUCCCUCAUGAAGGACCUCCGUUACCACGUAAUGCGCAUGCAGUCGAAGCGCAUCGUUAACCCUCUCGACAGCCAGGAAUUCACAAGACCCAUAAAGCUUCAUCGUCGGGAUCCAAGGGCCCCACUUCAGGGUGCGAAGGAGGAGGCUGCUGCAAACGCAGUUGCCGCUGCCCACAAAGCUGCGGAGGAGGAGGAAAAGGCAAAGAAUCAGGCUGAACAGGACAAGAAGGACGCUGAUAAAGCCGCUGCUCUGGAGAAGAUCGCGCCCUAUGGCGGUGCGCAGAAGCAGAAGAAGAACGCGUUCCAGAAGAAGACCCAGCAAGUCUACAAAUCUAAUGAUGCCGAGAAAAAGCUACGCUACGAGGAGUUCUUUCCAUGGUUUAUUGAGGAUUUUGAUAAUAAGAACACGUGGGUUGGGCAACUUGAGAGUUCACUUAGCAAGGGAGUAUUCGCAAUGUUUGUGCUGGAUGACGGUGCCUUUAAGAUGGUGCCUAUUGAGAAGUGGUAUAAGUUCACGGAGAAGAACAAGUUCAAGACCAUGACGUCAGAAGAGGCGGAGGUCGUAAUGAAACAAAAUGCAAAACCACCAAGAUGGUUGAUGAAUCGAACAGAGGAGAAAGAGCGAGAGCGAAGAACUCUCGAAGAAAAUGCGAGAGCGACAAAAAAGCUCUUUACUCGGAAGGGUGAUAGAUUGCCAAAAGCAGAAACGGAUGCAGAUGACCUUGACUUUGACGAUGACCAAUUCGCCGAUGAUGAAGAAGCUCCCAUCAUGGAAGGCGAGGAGCAUGAAAAUAAAGAAAUCGAGAAUCGUAUCAAAAAGGAACAACUGUCUGCGAACUUCUUUGACGCCCGUGGCGAACGUGAGUACGAGGAAGAAGAAAAGGAGAAGAAAAAGCUUGAAGCCGUCCGUCGUAAGCAUGGUAAAAAGGUCAAGAAGGCCCUCAUGAACCGUGAGGGUAACUACACAUACGAAACGGACUCCGACGCAGAUCCAUACGCUUCGACAGACGACGAUUCCGAUGACGAAGAGGAGGAAGCGCGUAAACAAGAAGAAGCCAAGAAGGCCGAGGAAGCUAGAAAAGUCGAGGCAGCUGAGAAAGAAGCACUUGAGAAAUUGGUUGCUGAAAAGGCUGCCGAGAAGGCCGCGGCCGCAGCUGCAGCAAAAGCUGCCACAACCACUCCCGCUGCCGCCACUGCCGCCGCUGCUGCCGCCACUCCUUCUACUCCCGCUGCCGCUCCUUCUGAUACGAAAACAGCCAAGCCUGUUGUAUCUAAGAAGGCAACACAAGCACCUGGGUCCCCAAACCUUUCUGGGAUCGAAUCCGGGGCCGAGUCGAGGAAGAAGCCGAAGAAGAGCCAAGCACCGAAGCUGGGCACAAGCACGUUGCCUGUGGGUACAGACAAGAAGAGUAUCGUAAAGCUCAAGGUCCCCCCCGAGAAUCUCCAGCAAAUCUCGUCUUCUGAGCCUUCUCCGUCCCCUCCUUCAGUCGCGGGCAUGACCGCAAAGAAACGCAAGAACGAUGGCAAUGCGACUGCCGACGAGAAGUCAGGGGAAAUGAGCGAUGGACCAGGAAGCAAGAAGCAAAGGAUCAAGCUUCUGUCCGGUGGACGAUCAUUAUCGCCGAGUGCAGCUGCGAGUAGGCAGGGAAGCCCUGCGCCUCCUGCACCAGCUGGAGCUGAUGCGUUCAUCACGGACGAGGAAAUCAAGAGCCUCUUGUCAAGCAACCCUGGUGGUGUAACAUUGAAGUUUAUUGCAGACAAGUUUAAAUCGAGGGUCAGAAACGACGAGGUCAAGGCGAGACUUGUGUCGAGUAUCAAGAGAUUGACCGUCUCAAAUGACAAAAAGACUUAUCAUCUGAAAAAGGAUGUUUGA